GGGACGUUGAUUGGAUAUGUUUCGGUGAUUUUUUUGAAUAUUUGCCCGUGAAUGUUUUGAUUUUUGGUCUUACUCGCCUGCUCAACAGGCGCCGCCUGCAAGAUGACGUUCUCCCCAGCCAACAUCCGGAGCCAGACGUCUCAGGAGGACUGCUCGGGCCCGCCGCCAUCUGAACCCACCCGCCCCGGGCUGACACACGCACUACUACACCGCUGUAACGCUGCUACUGCGCGCUCCGUGGCAGUUGCCCUGGUGCUGUUCUUCAUCUCCUAUCAUGGACUCGUCAGGGUGGUAUAUGGAACGGACUCGUGUGAUUGGUUGUUGGCAAGAGGAGAGUAUCAUGCCGAAGCCUGGCAGCCAUACGGAUGCAUGGUUCAUACGUACUCCGUGAGAGACUCUAGAAGAUGUAUGCGCUAUCUUGAGUUCCUCGGACAGAGGAACCGCAUAGCGUUUGUUGGGGACUCUCGAGUGCGGCAGCUCUACGCGGCGUUUGUUGGUCAGUUCGGUGAGACUGUUCCCCCGCCCGAGGGAGAAGACCGCCACAAGGAUAUCGCCUACGAAGAUGCCCAGCUGGGACUUCACGUGCAGUUUCUCUGGAGACCGAUGGCGGAUGAAAAGAUGCGAGGCGAUGUAAUCAAAUGGAGAGAUGCCUCAUCGGACCAACUACCACAGCUGCUAGUCCUUGGCAGUGCCACACAUGCCAUCAAGACCUCAACGGCUCUGAGCUAGCAGUGAAGGCGUAUGAAAGGAACGUGACGAGGCUUGGAGCAGUGCUCGACCAGCUGGUAGGAGCGGGGACGCGGGUGCUAUGGACCAUACAGGAGCCGGUGUUUUACGAUCGACUGUCAGAGGAGAGGAGGGCCAUCACCAAC